CCCAUGUCGAUUGACGCAGAUGAAGACGAGAGCGGAGAGGUAGGCGUGGAGGUAGAGAAAGUCCGCACCAUUAUUGCGCCGUCGCCGUAUGACCCGCUCGCUGCUCCGCAGACUGCAAAAGAGCAGGAAGCGGAGAAAGGAGAUAGUGCCAGCCAGUCAAAGCCUGCCGACGCUCAAGCCACGUCCUCUAUUAGCGAAUUUACUGCGCAACUAGAUACAGGCGAGAUUACUGCGGCAGUGGUGGAAAAUGCAAACAACGGAGAGACGGAUAAAAACCCACAUUCAAAAAAGCUGAAAUCAAAACUGUCUCGGGAAUCUGGGGACUCAAGUUCCGUGCGGACGAAAAA